AUGAGCGCGCGAGCGUAUUCCUCCAGCUCGCGUGUAUUGUGGUCCGGCACCCCAUCGGCAGGGGGCGCAGUAGGAGGAGGGACAGUCCCAGAGUCCAUUUGUGAUGCACCUUCGCAUGAACGUAUUGCCCAGUGGCGCGAGCAACAUAUACAAGCGUUGCAGAACGAAGUACUUGCGAGCCGGAAGGGAUACUUGGACGCGCGUAGCGGGAUCGUCAAACAUCGUCGACACGUGCGUGAAGAUCUUGCUUCGGGCACGGAUGUGCCUCUUCGAUCCGUACUGCGGUAUCUGUCGCAAGAGGAGCUACAGGAUGCGCUGGUGUACUUGGGUCUGCUUGUGGCUAUCAUGGUGCGCUGCAUUGUAGCGCUUGGCGAUUGGAGCGGGCGUGGAAUGCCGCCGAUGCAUGGAGAUUUUGAGGCACAGCGGCAUUGGCUUGAGCUGACAUGGCACCUGCCCACAGACGAGUGGUACUUGUACGACUUGCCGUACUGGGGCCUGGAUUAUCCGCCAUUCACCGCGUGGGUAAGCUGGCUUUGUGCGUGGGUGGCCAUGUGGUUUCCGGCUCUACGUGAUGGAUUGGAACUGGACACAUCGCGUGGCUCCGAGGCGCCUGCUGUCGUGCUGUACAUGCGGCUCAGUGUUCUUGUUCUUGAUGUGCUGAUCUAUCUUCCCUCUGUUGCGUGGUUUAUUUCGCGCCGCUAUGAGUCCCGCAGUAAGCGCGUGCGCCAAAUAGCUCUGUUAUCUGUCUGGCUCCAGCCUAUGCUGAUUCUUGUGGAUCAUGGGCAUUUCCAGUACAAUAGCGUCAUGCUCGGUCUCUCGGCCAUGAGCUUCGCGCUUCUGCAAUCCAAGCUCCCGCAUGUUCACGCCAGCAUUCGCGGACCGGCUGUGGCUACGGCCGCUCUUCAGCGUCUCGUGCUUGACACACUCAGUCGACAUGUAAGUCUGCGGUAUUUGGCCGCCGCCGUCUUAUUUUCGCUCAGCUUGUGCUUCAAGCAAAUGGCGCUCUACUAUGCGCCGGCCAUCUUUGCUAUUAUGUUUGGUCGAUGUGUUGGUUUGCUGCUGAGCCACCAAUGGCUGCGUGGAAUGGCGCUAUUUGCCGGUCUAGCAUGUGUAACGACAGCCACGUUCGCUUCCGUCUUUGCGCCUUGGCUCCGUUCUUGGACAGAUUUAGCUCAGGUCAUCCACCGUAUCUUUCCACUUGCUCGCGGCCUUUUUGAAGACAAGGUCGCCAACGUGUGGUGUGCCCUGAGUGUUUUGCCCGUGGGUGCGAAGUGGAAAUUGCAGCACAUGUUUCACGUGUCGACCCUGGCCAAGCUUAGCCUUGUCACUGUACUAUUUGCAAUCCUGCCGAGUUGUGUGCUCUUGUUCCUUGCAUCUAUCGAGUCUGUCUAUCGUGAAUCUAUCAUGGAUGAUGCUCAAGCUGAACAAGUCGUCGCGAAAGUGCGUCGUCAUGCAGGCUCCGUGGCAUCAGGUAAGUCGUAUUCCCGUUUGGCAUCAAGUAUGCGCGACGAUGGCGGCUGUGCACGCUCUCUCGCUGCAUCCGUGCACGAUUCCAGCCGGGGCUCUGACCGACACUCAGUGGCGAGCGGCUCGUUGUUGGCAGGGAGCACGUCCACCUUGAUGCGUGGUGCUGACGGUCACUCACGCCCCAGCGCGUCGAUAACACCGACAAUGACUGCCAUUCGACCGACAUCCCAUCGUUCGUCUGUGACGCCAUCGCCUGCAGCUGAACUGUUUCCAUAUACCCUGGUGUCGACGUCACUAGCCUUUUUCCUUUUUGGUUUCCAGACACACGAAAAAAGCAUUUUGCUUCCCCUGCUCCCCCUAACGAUGCUCAUGACAGUGAAAGGCGAUCGCACAGGCGCUGGCGCCGUCGCUGCUGAUUGGGAGUGGGCUGUUCUAACCAACAAUGUCGGCAUGUUCAGCUUGUGGCCAUUGCUCCUACGCGAUGGUCAGGGCCUUGCAUGGUGCAUCCUGCUGCUGGUAUGGAAUGCACUGAUUGGUUACCGACCAUGGGAGGCGCUUCAUACGACCCGUGCUACAUUUGUUGCUUGGCUGAGUGCUGCUGCGCACUUCGGCAUGCUGGGUCUCCUUCUCCUACAGGGGUUCGUGGCUUGUGCGCCCCGCAUUGCUUGGAUCGACGGCCUGCUCCUGCGGUAUCCGGACCUUUUCCCAGUGCUGAACGUAUUACUCUGCAUGCCUGUUUUUAUGAUGGUGUGGCUCUGGUCGCUCAAAAAGCAUUUGGAAAUGACUCUGGCCUCCGGCGUCCUUGCCAUCACCAAGACAAGCAAGUAG